GACAAAAAAACACCCACCACAAAACGCUACCUCACCAACGCAAUCUUCGAACCUUACACUCCAAAACGCCCCUCAACAUGUCCCAUCUGCUACAACGAACUCAAACCCAACCCGCAAUGCCGUCCCCAGCACCAACAGCAACGCCACGGCCCCCGUCCAUCAUCCAAACCCCGUCUCCUACCCCCUUACACCAUCCCCAGAUUCUACCGAUACAUCAAAUCGCGCGUCCAAUACGGCAUCUCGGAGAUCAUCCUCGGAGUCCACAGGGUCUUCAACAUCAAGACCAAUCUACCCAAGACGAUGCCGGAAUUACCGCCCGUCGUAUCGAUCAUCCCGCCUCGACCCCCGCCGCGUCGUGCAGAAUCAGCGGUGAAGCUGAGACUGUGCGGACAUGUGUUUGGUGAGCGGUGCUU